UAAAUCUCCAUUUCAGUUUUAUUAUCUGCUCCUAUUUGCUCAAGACAGAGCAUUUCCCUAUUUAACAUGAAUAUUAUUCAAUAAUUCUCUUGUGCACUGAUGAAAGUUUUUUGUUGUGGAUUUUAGUUGCUCAUGUAAGUCCUGUUUCUAGAUAGUAUCCUUUGUUUUGUUUGUUCCUUUUCAUUUCUUAUUUUGUAUACAUGCUAGGCUUUUUUGGGUCCUGGAUGUUAGUAGGUCAAAUAAGAGAAAUAUGUGAGGGUGGAUGAGACAUUAUGAUUUAGGGAGUGACAGAAACCCCAAAGAGGAGAUGAGGAAAGUUGUGUGGCCUAAAUUUUUUGGGACAGAAGAUUCUUUUUGAUGAGGACCGAGUUAUAUUACUGUUUUAUAUAAUUGGACAGUUGCCUUAUAGCUUUACAAACAAUCUAAGUACCAUUGUAAUUGAUCUGUAAGUGUCGAUUGGUAGAGACUAUUGAUGCCUCAGCCACUGCCAUGUAGAGACAAUGGAAAGCUUAAACUCUUAUUUUUCACAUAUAGACUGAAUUGAUGUAUGCCACCUUCAUUCUGAUAGCAUGCUUGUUUGCCUCAGCAACACUCUAUUCCAGCUACUAAAUCAAGCUUCUAGAAUCAUCAAACAGUAUGGCAGCAGUUUUACCAUGACUCCAUGAGCCUUCCACCAAGAAGUACCAAGCUGGAUGAUGGUUUAAACACCAUGAAGAAUUCAAAGUGUUAUCAUUUAGGAGAUUUCCAAUCAGCUUGCCUGAUGUUGGCAGCUAAAAAUGCCAUGUGAUGCUACAGUUAGUGGCACUCUUCCAAGGGUGUGUCCACCAACCCUACAAGAGCACGAGUUCUUGACAUCUCAUAAUGGUGCAGCCUCUGCAUUUGCUGCAGAACUCUUGGUUGAUUUGAAUCUGCAAACAUCAAUUCCUGACACUUACCGGCCCCCGCCUGCACCUAUUCCAUAUGAUGUGGUUCUCGGACAUCCAAGAUCAACUGACUGUGACCCUGUCGGAGAAACAAUUAAUGGUAGUAAAGGUCUCAGAGUGUCAGACUGCAAAACUCAAGCUAGUUCUUUGCCUACUUCACCAAGGAAGUUUGAACUUCCAAUAUCAAAUGAACCUAAUUUUUUACCAUUGGAAGAAGAUGAUGCUUGUCCCAUUUGUCUUGAAGAGUAUGAUUUGGAGAACCCAAAAACAAUCACAAAAUGCAACCAUCAUUUUCAUCUUUCGUGCAUUCUUGAGUGGAUGGAAAGAAGUGAAACCUGCCCUGUGUGUGAUCAGGAAAUGAUACUUGAAGAUACCAUGAUUAUGUAGCUCGGUCGUACCGUUUCAAGAUGGAAGUCCUUUUGUGUAAAAUUGAAGCUUCCCAACUCAAAAGGCUGCAGAUGCCUGGCAAUUCUUUGCUAUGUAACUGGUCAGUGGCUUAUGGCCCACAUAUUCAUCUUUAGUUUGAUUAUAGCGAUUUGAAGAUUUGCAGUGUGCGUUUGAACAUCAUUCUUUUAGUGGGUCAGUCAGUUCCUCUGGUUAUAUUGGAAGUAGAGGAGUGAAGUUUCUACACUACAUGAAAACAGGUUGCUGCUAUCCAUGUCUUUUCUCCAAUUAAAUCUUGAUUGACAACUAUCAGAUGCAUCAGCAAAUAAAAGGGAGAACAAUGCUUUAAGUACCAAGGGAGGUAAAGCUAGUCAGGCUCUUUCACCCAAAAGAAAUUAAUGGGUCAGUCCUGCCUUCCAUGGGUUUUCCUGAUAUAUUCUUCUGUCUUGUAUAUACCCUCUCAGCUUUCUCAUUUUCGUGCAUGCUGCCUGCAUUUGUUAUUUGUUUUGGCUUUGUAAAUCAAUAAUCUGUUUACUUCUGGAUGGAUUUCUUGCCUGGGAUUUGAAUUUGGUGUAUGAAAAGUUUAUAAUGAUUAAUUAAAGGGUAUACUCUGUCUUAAGUGGA